AUGGGAUCUGUGAUGCUGGUUUCAGGUUUCAAGGAGGCAGAGGAUCCAUCCAUCAAUAUUGACAUGGAGUCUUUCAGUGCUUCCACCUCAUCCUCUGUGCUUAACAACGUCUGUGUGCUCUGGGGCUGUGAGAUAAGCGGCAAAGAGAGGACGGCAGUCUUUGAGGUGGAAGACGACCUCCUGGAGCACCAGUUCUUCAUCCGCACGAUCUGCUUGAGUGCUGAGGCCAAUGAGGAGAUGCAUGUGGUGGAGGUGCAGGACAGGACUCCGUGCCGAAGCCACCCAGUGCCCAUCGCCACCCUCCGACCCUCUUGUCUCCCUAUGGUCAGUUUCAGUGUGUUUGAGCUGAUGCCUCCAGUCACCUUUAAGCUUCGCUCUGGCCAGGGCCCUGUCUUCAUCUCUGGGCAGCAUGUGACACUGGAUCCAGAUGAAGAUGAAGGAGGGCAUGACACUAUAUUCUCAGAAACCACUCGUUUUGCAGGCCGAAGAUGA